UUAAUUCGAAGUUCUUAGUUCUUUUGCAAAUUGAAAGUAUGUCUCGGGAUAGAACACCGAGGGAUCCUCUAGUGCUAGGACAAAUCAUUGGGGAUGUUGUGGAUCCAUUCGUCAAGUCUGCAAGUAUGAGAGUUGUGUUUGGUGAUAAGGAAGUAACUAACGGGACAAGGCUUCGGCAGAUAGAUGUGGCAAGUCCACCACGUGUCACAAUCGAAGGACGCGAUGCAAGCACACUCUACACUGUUGUGAUGGUAAAUCCUGACGCGCCAACCCCAACAAAUCCUACGCACAGAGAGUAUUUACACUGGUUGGUGACAGAUAUACCAGAAACAGUGGAUGCAAGUCAUGGAAAUGAGAUAGUCCCUUAUGAGAGCCCACAAACUCCAACAGGGAUUCAUCGUAUUGUCUUUGUGUUAUUCCGGCAGGAAGUUCAGCAAACUGUGUAUGCACCUGGUUGGCGUCAAAACUUCAAUACUAGAGACUUUGCAGCAAUUCAUGAUCUUGGGCAACCUGCUGCUGCUCUAUACUUCAACUGUCAUAGGGCUGGUGGAUGUGGAGGAAGAAGGUUCUCAGGACUUUGCUGA